CCCUGACGAACGCCAGCCAUCUUUCUCUGGCUACAGGAAAUGACAAAUCCAAUAAAGAGAUAAAGAAAAAAAUCUCUAAAGAGCAAAACUGGACUUUCCUACAUUGCUGCUCUCUUCUCUUUGCUUUAAACUGGGGUGGCAAAUAUAAGCUGCAGUGCGCUGAUACUAAGGCAAUCGAAUACUUGAUUUCUUGGAUUCUGAGGCCUUUCAAACUCAGACGGUUGCCUCUUACUGCCGUAUGUUGUCGCCAGCGUGCGAUCCUGCACAGAUCUGGCUACGGGCUGCAAAUGGUCUGUCUCUUUAAGACAGGAAAAGCCGCGAUCCAAAUAAACACAUUUGUGAGAGCGCUCCAUGUUGUCUGUCGUCGGUAGACCCCUUAGCAGUUUUGGGAUCUCCGGUGCCGUGACUAAAGCCACAGUCGCGAUGGCAGACGCGCUGGCUAAAAUCCCCGAGGUGGAGAUUGAUCCGGAGGGAACGUUUAAAUACAUACUGGUCAGGGUGAAAGUGAAAGAUGGCGAUGUGCACAAAGACGUGGUCCGAGGCACAAAAAGUGCAGAGUAUCACAAUCACAUAUUUGAGAAGGUCAGCCCAACUAUGGAGGCCUUGGGGAUGGAGUGUGAAUGCCUCGGAGGAGGGAAGAUAGAGCACAACAGUCAGGAGAAAAAACUAAGGGUGUUUGGAGAAUCAACUGCCUUUGGCAAAGCAGACCAUUCUGUGUCUGUAGAGAAGUUGAAGAGCUCCUUCAGCAACUAUGAGAUCACCUGGUCUGAUGACAAAAAAUAAGAGUCUAAUUCUGCUUCCCAUUUCAA